AUGUCAAGUGCAGCCCGGAUUUCUUGCGCGCUAGUUGUUGUUGCGCUCGUCUUUUGCUCAGCUCAAACCGUGGCAACCCCCAAGUCGAAUCCUGGGGGUGUCGCUUCGACUACGCUGCAUUCGUCUCAUGCCCCGGCCGCGAUCAAUCGGCGAUUGAAGCGUACCACGGCCAUGGAGACGAGUGAAUCUUCUGAAGAGAGGGCCCUUAACUUUCAUUUUUCAGAACUGGCUCCCAGCUUUUCCAGCCUGAAGUCUAUUCCUGCGGCAAUUUACCAGAAAAUGCAAAUUUGGGUGUGGCGGCUGAUGCGGAAAUCCUCGGACGAUGUGUUCAAGCUUCUGAAGCUCGAAGAGCUUGUCAAGCUCGACACGGAAGGAACCAAACUGUUUCGAGACCUACGCUUUAUGAAGUGGGUCCUUUUUGUCGAGGCAAGAUACUCGAAAGAUCGCAAAGCGGGAAUUGAUGUAAUCUUGUCGACUCUGAAAGCUCAUUACAGGGAAGAUGCUGCAUUGGCUGAUGUUCUUGUUGCUGGACUAAGAAAUCCCAAUACGUAUAUACUCGCCGAUGUCCUGUUAACGGUACAACUCCAGAAGUGGUGUGACACUGGAAAAAGUGUGGAGUCGGUUUUCACACUUUUAAAGCUACACGAUAAUGGAGAAGGACUCUUUGAAAGCCCACAACUAGUUCAUUGGCUAGAAUUUGUCGGGUCGUAUUACCGAGUGAUGGACAAUGAGGCUUACAAUGAGGCUUACAAGUCGGCUAUGGAGGUGGCUAAAAUUUUAAGUGAUGCGGCGGCUAAAAAGUUGGAUGAUGCGGCGGCUAUAAAGUUGACUGAUAAGGAGGCUAUCAAGACUAAGAAGGCGUUUGAGUCGGCUGCUAAUAAUGCUAUCAAGAUUAAAGAAAAGUUUGAGUUGGCUGCUAAAGAGGCUGAGAAGGCUUUCAAGUCGGCUGACCGUGUGCCUGCUAAGGCUGCUUUAUCAAUUUUACGUUAUCAUUACAACGACGAAACAUUAACGAUAAUUCUAGAUAAGGGUUCGAAGGUUAAAGACGACAGAGUGAAGAAUAUUGCUGUCAGACUGGCAAAGAGGCUUAAAAAGGAGCUGACCCAUGAGAAAUCUUAG